AUGAAUAAAGAAUCACAAUCAAAAAUAUAUUGGCAUCAUUUUAUUGCUGGUUUGGUUGGAGGAUUCAUUAGUGUAACUGUAUGCCAUCCUUUAGAAGUAGCAAGAAGCAGAUUAAACCUUCAAAAUGCUACUAAAUCUGUAAACAAAUAUCAAGGUUUCAUUAACUCACUUUACGUUAUCUAUAAAGAGGAGGGUUUUGCAGGUUACUACAAAGGGUAUCGAGCAACAGCAAUUGCUAAUCCGAUUUUUCAUUCACUUUUCUUUCCCCUUUAUAAAUGGAAUAAGAAAACUUUAGAAAUCUCGUAUGGAAUAAGUGGUUUCUAGAAUCACCUUUUGGCAACCAUCAUCACAGGGUUGGUUUGCGAUUUAAUUACAAAUCCUUUAUGGUUAAUCAGAACUAGAAUGUAAACGCAAUACUUACAUGAUCAAAAUAAUGCAAAAUAUACAUCUGUUUUUAGAGGAUUGAUCACUUUAUAAAAAGAAGAAGGUUUCCUUGCUUUGUACAAAGGACUUGGAGCUACUGUGUUGGGUCUAUCCCACGUGGCAGUAUAGUUCCCAAUAUACGAGAGAUUAAAACAAAAUUAUACUGAUAAGAAUGGUUAGCUUUUGCCAACUGAUAUUCUUAAAGCCUCAAUAUUAUCAAAGUCAAUGGCUGUUUUGGUAACCUAUCCUCAUGUGGUUAUACGAACUAGAUUACAUGAUAAUAAAACUGUAUAUAAAAGUGGCCUCAGAUCAAGAGUCAGAAUUAUUGAUAUUUGUAGGGUUAUAUAUGAAUAAGAUUCUAUUGGAGGAUUCUAUAAAGGCUUAAUACCAGAUUUAAUAAGAGUGUUACCUACAAAUAGUAUAACAUUUCUUGUUUAUGAACUCUUCAGUCAAUACUUAGGGAAGCAUUUUUGA